AUGCUCUCGACAGACUUGACCGAAGCGCAAGUCUCGGCUUUGCGAGCCAACAAGGACCGCCUUGCAAAAGAUCUUCACGAGAGCUGUCAGUGGGGUUCUGGAAUCCGCUGGGGAGAUGACCAGACAGCUACAGGCAUGCAGCGUCUUGCACUGUCUGAGGACGAUAAGAAGGUCCGAGAUUGGUUCAUCGAGACGACAAAAGCCUUGAAGUGCAACAUCACCAUUGACGAGAUGGGUAAUAUCUUUGCCGUUCGUCCAGGGAGGAGAAAGGAUGUACCAGCAACGUUUAUGGGCAGCCAUCUCGACACCCAGCCGACGGGUGGCCGGUAUGAUGGUAUCCUCGGGGUCCUAGCAGGUAUCGAAACAUUGAAGGUCAUUGACGAGAUGGGAAUUGAAACAGAGGGUGGUGUAGGAGUUGUGAACUGGACAAAUGAAGAGGGCGCACGGUUUCCCGUGAGCAUGAUAUCCUCGGGCGUAUGGGCCGAAUGCAUCCCCCUUUCACGGGCCCAUGAGCUCAAGGAAGUCCCUACAGUUGCCUCUCUUCCCACCGCAGCUUCCGCGCCAGAGACAAUGAAGUCGGCCCUGGAAAAGAUCAACUGCCUCGGAAGCGUUCCGUGUUCAUAUAAAGAGACACCGAUGGCCGCACACUUUGAGCUACACAUUGAGCAGGGACCUCAUCUCGAGACUGCCAACCAGCGUGUCGGUGUAGUAACUGCUGUGCAGGCCUAUCGGUGGUAUCGUCUGAAUAUCAUCGGUAGAGAUACCCACACGGGCACCACAGCAUUUGAACACCGCGCAGACGCUCUGUACGCCUUUGCCCGCAUGAUGGUCCGCGCUAGAGAGGUUGCGGCAUCCCGUGGGUGUCUGGCCAGUGUUGGUAUUAUUGAAGCGAACCCGGGUAGUGUCAACACCGUGCCAGGCCACGUCAGCUUCUCCCUCGACAUUCGCGGUCCGGAGACCGAAUUAGUUGCAGAAGUGGAAGCGGAGCUCCGAAAAGACUUUGACGCGAUUGCCGCCGAAGAGGGCAAAGGAAUCGGCAAGCCCUGCCGAGUGGAGUGGACUGUUGACUUCGACUCUCCGGCGGUGAAAUUCCACCCCGACUGCAUCGAAUGCGUGCAGCAAUCGGCUGAAGCCGUGGUUGCUGAUGUUGGUGUGUCCGAGCCUAAAGCGCUUAUGCGGACGAUGAUGAGUGGUGCAGGACACGACAGUGUCUUCACUUCCAAGCGAGUCCCGACAAGUAUGAUAUUUGUGCCAUGUAAGGAUGGACUGAGCCAUCAUCCUGAGGAAUUCUGCUCUGCGAAUGACUGUGCAACAGGAGCGUCUGUCAUCCUGCAGGCAGUCAUUCGUUAUGAUCGUAAGCGAUUCUCUGCAUAG